CUGGGUAAGGGGCGGGGGCUACGAGCGUAGGUCAGAGGUUGCAGGUCAGACACCGCCUCAGCGGGUCGGCUUGAUAGCUAUGUAGCUCGCCGGCUGGGAGGUUGGCUGCGCUUUCUGGAAACUUCCUGCGAGAGAGAGCGUCGCGGGCUUUGCGGCCCUUGCAGCUGCCGCCGCCGCCGCCGCCGUCACCGCCUUUGCCGAUCUCCUGGGGCUUGUUUCGCUCCCGUUCCGGGGAGGAGCCGCCUCUGCCGCCAUGUUCGGCUGUCUGGUGGCCGGGAGGCUGGUGCAAACAGUUGCACAGCAAGUGGCAGAGGAUAAAUUUGUAUUUGACUUACCUGAUUAUCAAAGUAUCAACCAUGUCGUGGUGUUUAUGCUGGGAACAGUCCCAUUUCCUGAUGGCAUGGGAGGAUCUGUCUACUUUUCAUAUCCUGAUUCAAGUGGAAUGCCAGUAUGGCAACUCUUGGGGUUUGUCACGAAUGGGAAACCAAGUGCCAUCUUCAAAAUUUCAGGUCUUAAAUAUGGAGAAGGCAGCCAGCAUCCUUUUGGAACCAUGAGUAUUACCCGUACUCCAACUGUUGCACAGAUUGGCAUUUCAGUGGAAUUACUGGAUAAUUUGGCCCAGCUGACUCCUGUGGGCAAUGCUGCUGUAUCAUCUGUUGAUUCAUUCACUCAGUUUACUCAGAAGAUGUUGGAUAACUUCUAUAAUUUUGCUUCAUCAUUUGCUGUGUCUCAGGCCCAGAUGACACCAAAUCCAUCUGAAGUUUUCAUUCCAGCAAACGUGGUUCUGAAAUGGUAUGAAAACUUUCAAAGGAGACUAAGCCAGAACCCUCUUUUUUGGAAAACAUGAUUUAAAUAAAGUAAUUUUUAAAGGGUUCUGAACCAUUGUCAUAUUUUGGAGAUAAUAAACCAACUGCUAUCUAAAGCAUGGGGAUAAAGGAAUAAUGAAAUCUAAAUGGAAAAACUUCUUUUUAAUUAAAAUAAAGAAAAAAACAGUUAAAUUAAAAA